AUGGAUAAAGGCCCAAAAAUUCUAGUCGGGUUCUCAGGUAAAAGGAAAUCCGGCAAAGAUUAUGUGAGUGAUGAGCUAAUAAAGAAAGGAGAGAAUUUGGGGUUGCGAAUAGUCAGGAGGGGCGUCAGCUACCCGCUAAAAGAAGAAUAUGGAGUUGAACACAAUCUCGAUGGGGAACGACUGAAAUUUGACUUCGAAUACAAAGAGAAGGUCAGGAAAGAGAUGGUCGUUUGGGGAGAGCAAAUCAGAUCCAAAGAUCCUGCAUAUUUCUGUCGGUGAGUCUUGUACGGUACUUUCUUUGUUAUAAAUGUUAAUUUUUACUGUAGUUUUUGUUCAGAAAAACAGUAGAAGCCGUGACCGAUCUUUCAUCAGUGGAUAUCUUGAUCAUCAGUGAUUGCCGUCGCCCCACAGAUUUGCUUUAUUUCAAGAGUCAUUUCAACGCUGUCUUUCUUCGAGUUGAAGCAGAUAUUGAAACGAGGAAGGAAAGAGGAUGGGAGUUCCAGGACGGCGUUGACAAUUCAGAGUCAGAGUGUGGAUUGGAUGAUUACAAAUGCUGGGACUUUUUAAUAGAGAACAAUGGAGACGAAGAACAACUGCAGAAGGACCUUGAUGAACUCAUCCACAAGCUGGGAGUUCUCCAAAAAUAA